CACUGUUCGAGUUCGCGUUGCACUUGUCGUUCCUUCCAACGAACCAAGCAGUAUCGUAUCAUCAAACAUGGCAUCUCACUUGGCAAAUAUCUUCGGAACAGAGCAAGAUCGUGUAAACUGCUCUUUCUACUACAAGAUUGGUGCUUGCAGACAUGGCGACAGAUGCUCAAGAAAGCACAUAAGGCCGCCAUUUUCGCAAACGAUUUUACUUCCAAACGUAUACCACAAUCCCGCCCAUGAUCCUGUUUGUAAACUCACCGAGGCUGAGCUACAAGAAGGGUUUGAUGCUGUGUAUGAAGAUUUGUAUUGUGAAUUAGCAAAAUUCGGACAUUUGUUGGAAUUACAUGUUUGCGAUAAUGUCGGGGACCAUUUAAUUGGGAAUGUUUACGCUCGAUACGAGUGGGAAACCGAGGCACAAGCAGCUGUAGACAAUCUAAAUGAUCGGUGGUAUGCAGGACGCCCGCUGUAUGCGGAACUCUCUCCUGUAACGGAUUUCCGGGAAGCGUGUUGUCGCCAAAAUGAGAACGGUGAAUGUAACCGUGGGGGUUUUUGUAAUUUCAUGCAUCUCCGCCUUGCCUCGAAAGAAUUAGUUUCGUCUCUCCGCGCAGGACAAAGACUAGAGAGGAGACUCCACCCUGCCAAGACGGAAGGUGGAGGGGGUGGGUGGGAACCGAGCAGAAGGGAGGGCGGCCGUGGCAGAAGUGCUAGCCCAUCUAGAAGAGGCGGAAGUAACGGGGAAGAUCGUUGGACAAGAAAAUAGUUCUAUGUAAAACUGGCCUUGUCCUCAUGCCUUAAACGUGGCUCAGCUAGGCGUAGAUUAAUUGUUCAUCUUGUGGACACUGUGAAUCUAGUUGUCUUGCGUUUCA